AUGUCGGCUCUCUCUUUCAUCCUCACCGACCGUGCUUUGAAUGUCCAUGUCCGAGUUCAGGGUAUAACCCUUGAGCCAAUCGGCACUGUUGGGCCGACCCGAUACAAAGUCAUCAGUGGCAUCUUCCAGCUAGUAGAGGAAGAAGCCAUCCAAACCCAGCUUGAUUUAGGCCCUGAUACCAAAACCCUUGUCUUGGUUGACGAGAGCUGUGAUAGGCCAGUAGCGACGGAAAUCCCUCGGGAAAAGCUCAAAUUGUUUUGGGCCUUCAUUUGUCGCGUCCUAAAGCCUGUCAGGACUGCCUCUAGAGAACCACGAGGACUGAAUUUGAUAAUUCCCGAUGAAGCUGGUUACAUCGUCCGGAGCGAUAUCUUCGAGGAGCGACUUAGAGGUUGCCCACAGAUUCAGGCAGUGGAGGGAUUUGUAGCGCCAGGGCAAUAUGUCCGGCCUCCUGGCUCGGCUGGCAAUUCAGGGAGCCCAGCUUCCCUUCUCCUGUCAGUAAUAAGCUGCGUUUUAGUAGCUGGUUCCGAUGAAAAAUCGAUCACCCAGUCACUGGAUAUCGUUCAGCCGUUGUUAAAUGACCGACUCUCGUUGCCCUGGCUUUCAGCUACGCAGAUAGCCGCUCGAAGGCUAGCGGUAGUCGGCGAGAUACGUUCGUAUAACAUGUGCGCCCGCUAUUUUCAGGCCGCGCGAGCCCUUAAUGUUAUCGUGGUAGCGAUCGGCAACGGUGGCCAUUGGCUAGAAGAGGAUACACCUCAAAAUAUGCAGAUUCGAGAAGCCUACAUUCAACUAGAUAUGACGGCUGAUUUGGAGUUUCCAAGCCGUGUUGCAACGGCUAUCCGAAACUAUCAAUACCAGAUCGACGGGAUAACCACUGUCACCGAUUUUCUGCUUGUCCCAGUUGCUGAAGCGGCCCGGCUUCUCAACUUGCCAACUUUAUCACCUGAAGCUUUUGGAAAAUCAGUAAAUAAAUAUGCAACACGACUAGCGACUAGCCCGGACUCCUGCCUCUUGGUGUCCAGCCACGAUGAUCUCUCAAAGUUGUCAAAAUCUGGAACUAGCCUUCCUCCAGGUCCACCCUGGAUUGUCAAGCCCUGCAACGGCUGGGGUAGUACGGGCAUCAUAAAGGUCUCCAACAAGGAGGCAUUGGUAGCUGCCCUGGAGAAGGUUUCCAGUAACACCGGGUACUCCGGGGCAGGUCUACCUGAUAGUCACGAGCUAUGGGAAACUAAAGUGCUGGUAGAGGAAUACUGCGACGGCCCGGAAGUUGAUUGCAACUUUGUUUUGUGGCAUGGUGACAUCUUGCUCUUCGAGGUGGUCGAUAACUUCCCGUGUACUGGUGACAAUAUCGAUAACGGCACUGGAAAUUUCUGUGAGACUCAGUUGGUGUUUCCAUCCGCACUACCCCCCUCAGAGCAGUUGGUGCUGCGGGAUUACUUGUAUAAAUCAAUCUUGCGCCUUGGUUUCAGAUCAGGAGUUUUCCAUGCUGAGGCACGGGUGCGUCAGUCCAGCCGUGAGUACCGAAAUGGAGACGGGUCAAUGGAUUUGCGUCUGAAGUCUACCGCCGCAUCACAAGAACCAGGAGCCUUCCUUAUUGAGAUUAAUGCUAGGCCGCCUGGGUAUCUAGACUCGUUCGCCAGUGCUUUUGUUCACGGUGUAGACCUCAACGCUCUUCAUAUUUUGAUAGCAUUGGAGGAUGAUAUUCGAGUUCAGGCCCUCUCAAAAACAUACAGGGAAAACGGCCAUCUAGUUGUUGCUGCCAUUGAGGCCGAACGAUCGGGUAUAGUCGUGUCUGAUGACCCGUGGCAAGACCUGGAACAGAAGAAUCCAGAGCUUAUGUCCAAUGUGGUUCAGAAUGUUAUGACGUUCCAGAAAGGCGAUAGGGUGGAUGAUCCACACCUGGAUACAACACUAUGGCUCUCGGGUUUCACGGUGUAUUCCCCUGAGAGUCGCGCGCAGGCAUUGAAAGUGUGUGCACAGGUCAUAGCUGAAUUCCACUGUGAAAUCGCAUAG